UAGCGUGUAGUAGAUCACAACUUUGCAUUGGCUUUAAAUCUAAUGGUAUAUGCGCGUUGCAAGCUUUUAAAAAAUUGUUGAUGCCCUCAUUGUGGCGUACAUCUACGUACUACGCUUAGAUUACAUCCAUCCACCUGCCAAUCCAAUCUUCACUUACGUAGUCGCGACGACGGCGUUAUUCCGUCAUCGAAAUGUGUUUAGUUGCGUCGCAGCAGUCCGAUUAAACACCGGCCAAAAUUUCAUAUUCAACGAAGACAUCUUUUAACAUUUAAAUCUAACCGAUAGUGUUUUCGCGAGAAGAGAAAACCGAAGAAAAUUUGGGGAAGAUGUCGCGGACCUGUUGCUGCUAACGUUUAAAAGUUGUGGUGCCUGUGAACUUUUCUAACGUUCCAAAUUUGUGAGAUUCGACCCAAUAAUGCACACGCUUACAUAAUUUUUAAAUCGAACACAUUAUCGAAAAUGUCGUCCGGCGAAAGUGAAAAUUUGCCCCUAACAACCAUACACAAAGAAGAAAAAGAGAAUACCGAAAACGAAGAGGUAGAAGACGUCCACGAUUUGUUGCAACACACCUCAUCCGAAAACCACAACGGCAGUCCCACAGACGAAAAAAUUAUUACAAUACAAACUCGUGUUCCUAAAAAUCGACGGAAAGUGUCAAAAAGCAUAACGGACAUCUUUUUUAGAAACAAUAAACGCGCCAAACGGCAAAAAAGUUACAACGUUCAGGAAAACGGUAACGAACUAACCGUCGAUAAAAACUUAAAGUCCGAACAGUGCGACGAAAGUAGUGCAAAAUCUCUCGACGACGUCGAUGGGAAUAGCCAAGCCUGCACGAAAGGCAACAAUCAGCAUUCCACCUCGACGUCAACUUUCGACGACGGCUACGAAUCCUACAACAGCACUCCACUUGGUUCAGGUAAGAUAUUUGAUUACAUUUUUUGUAUCGCGCGAUAAAGAUAUGAAAAUCGAAAUUGAAUUUCGAAGUUGACGUAUCUGCCCCACGGCAAACCCAAACGGAGGUAUAAACGCGUUCAAAUAAUGUCAGAAAUUCCUCAAGAUGAAGUUAAAUGAGUGUGGGUUACGUCAUCGCAAUUAAUUCCACCAAAAAACAUAUCAAUUAAAUGUCUAGUUUAGAAA